AUGGUUAUUGCAUUAGUCACUGGAGGUACUAAAGGAAUUGGUUUGCAAGUUGCUCUUCAAUUGGGAAAGGAAAAGUUUUACAAUGAGUCAAUUCAUAUUAUUGUAACUGCUAGAUCUCCAAAUGAACAAGCAUUUACACAAUUGAAGGAAGAAGGAAUCUCUUAUGAAUAUUUACCUCUUGAUCUUGCAUCAGAUCAAUCAAUUUUUGAUUUGAAAAAGACAAUUAAGGAAAAAUAUGGAAAGAUUGAUAUUUUGAUUAAUAAUGCUGCUGUUGCUUCAUCACCAAAGAAGGAUCCAUCUCUUAGAGAUUCAUAUCUUGAUAUUUAUUCAGUCAAUGUUGCUGCUGUUGCUAUCAUUAUGGAUGAAUUCAAGGAAUUACUGGAACAAUCCAAACAUCCAAGAAUUGUCAAUGUUUCAUCAACUCUUGGAUCAUUAGCAGUUGCCCAAUUACCAAACUCUCCUCAAAAAUUGUACACUACUUAUACAAUUACCAAAUCUGCUCUCAACAUGUUAACCAUAAUCUACUCUCAAAAAUUUGCAGAAUUUAACAUUAAGGUAAAUGCCACUUGUCCUGGCUAUUGUGCCACUGAAUUAAAUGGUUAUCAGGGAACAAAGACUCCACAAGAAGGUGCUAAAGUUAUUGUCAGGAUGGCACUUAUUAAGGAUGAUGGUGUCACUGGUGGUUUUUUCAAUUUGGAAGGUCAAGCAGAAAAUCCAGAAGUCAUUCAGUGGUAA